AUGAACAUGCAUUCACCAAAGCACACAAUGGCGACUGUCACCCUAACCAGUACUGGCGUGAAGCCACUCCAGACCAAGGACAUCGCCACGCGCCUGUUAAAUGGCACACUCCAUUCCCAGUGGCCGGCCUUUGAGCAAUUCGAGACCGUCGAUGGUCUGUUGAAGUCCCAUGCGGCUCAGCCUGACGAAGGGAAGCAUCCGUUGAUCUGUUAUCCUAUCCGCGGGGCCGCCGACUUCGAAGAACACACAGCCGGCGAUAUUGACCGCUAUACCGAUGUCGCAGUUCGCUUCUACAUGCAACAGGGUCUCACGGCGGCAGAUCCCAAUCUCGAACAAGCGCCUGUGAUUGCCACCCUGGUAGGGUCGAGCUUCGAGGCAGUGGUGACUUUCUUUGCCCUGAACCGUCUGGGAUACGCGGUGCUGUUCUUGUCCACGCGCCUAACAGCCCCGGCGUAUGCACGAUUAAUGGACAUGGCAAAUUGCCAUUCCAUCAUUAACACUCAGCAACACCAGCAAGUGGUCACGGAGAUCUGUGCUCUGCGCCCCGACUGCAGUACAUACUCUCUGCUGCAGAGAGAGAAUUGGUUCAACCGCCCUGCGAGCUUCCCUCGCUAUCAGCGACCAGGUGUCGAUACAUCAAAGGAAGGCAAAAAGAUCGCUUGGAUCUUGCACUCCUCUGGGAGUACCGGUUUCCCCAAGCCCAUCUUCCUAACGAACCUCCAAACAUUGGCCAACUUCCGCAAGAGUUUCGGUUUACGCCUCUUCACAAUUAGCCCUCUCUUCCACUCCCAUGCUCUGAUGGAGCUGGGAAGGGCGCUCUUUACCAGAGCUCCCGCAUAUCUGGGGAACCAUUCACUCCCGGUGACUUACCAGAAUCUCUUCGAUGCCCUCCAGGUGGCCAAGCCGCAGCAGAUCAGCGCCGUGCCAUACGUCAUCAAACUGCUAGCUGAAAAGCAAGAAGGCAUCCAAGCACUGGCUGCUCCCAAAUUGGUGUUGUACGGUGGUUCCAGCUGCCCCGACGAUCUGGGCGACCGUCUUGUUGCCCAGGGUGUGAACCUGGUGGGCAAUUACGGAGCCACCGAAACCGGCCAGAUCAUGACCUCUUUCCGCCCCCCUGGCGACAAUGAGUGGCAGUACAUGCGGCUGCACCGUCCUGUUGCCGACCGUACCCUUAUGGAUGAAAUCUCUCCCGGUGUCUUUGAGUGCGUGGCGCUAGAAGGCCUCCCCAGCAAGGGCCCGUCGAAUUCAAAGCCACCAUAUAGCUCCAAGAACCCCGAGAACAGUUUCCGGACGGCCGACCUCUUCACGAGACACCCUGACCCCGCCAAGGGCAACUACUACAAGUAUUUGAGCCGACUGGAUGACCGAAUCACACUGGUAAAUGGCGAAAAGGUGCUGCCAAUCCCCAUCGAGGGCCGCGUCCGGGAAGAGCCGAUCGUCAGCGAUUGUGUCGUGUUUGGAUUCCAGCGUACCGUGCCUGGGGCCCUCAUCUUCCGCGCUCCUGGCAAACUGGAACACUUGAGCGAUGAGGAGUUCCUGGAAACCAUCUGGCCGGCGGUAGAGGCUGCCAAUGCGCGAGCGGAGACAUUCUCGCGAAUUCCCAAGGAGCUUGUCAUCGUCAUGGGAUCUGAUGUUAUGUACGCCAAAACUGACAAGGGCACCUGUAUCCGGGCCCAGGUGUAUCAGCAAUUCGAAGAGGAGAUCAAGCAGGCGUAUGCAAGCUUUGAGGGCAGCGGCCAGAAACGGGGCAGUCUUGUUCUGAAUAUCUCUGAACUUGAAGACUGGUUGCUGGCGAGAUUCAGUCAGGAUCUGGGAGUGUCAUUGUCCGGACCUGAUGCUGAUAUCUUCUCCGCCGGUGUUGACAGUUUGCAGACGACUCAGAUCUGGAGAUCUAUCGUGCGGGAUAUUGAUCUUGGUGAGUUGGAGGACCGGCUGUCUCAGAACAUCGUCUUCGAAAAAGGUACGGUCAGAGCGCUGGCUAGGCAUCUUUAUCAGAUGAGGACCGGAGAAGAAUCCGAGAAAGAAGAUGAGUUGGCCAUCAUGCAAGAGCUGAUCGAGAAGUAUUCGCACUUCACGAAACAUUUUCCCACGACGAUCCAAACUCCACAAACCGAAGUGGUCAUGGUCACCGGCGCGACAGGCAACCUGGGAGCUUUCAUCGUGGCCGAGCUUCUCAAGCGCCCAACGGUCUCCGAAGUAUGGGCACUUGUGCGUGCACCAGGCCAAGCAGCUGCAGGAGCACGCCUGUAUCAAUCACUGGCCGAUCGCCAGAUCGUCCUCUCGAGCGAUGAAGCUGCCAAGCUCCACGCCGUGCCGAGCGACCUGUCACAGUCCAACCUCGGACUGAGCAACCAUGAUCUCCAACACUUGCUUUCCUCCUUAACAUGCGUGAUCCACAGCGCAUGGGCCGUGAACUUCAAUCUGGGUGUGCGAUCAUUCGAGGAUCAGCAUAUCCAAGGAACAUACAACCUCAUCAAUCUCUGCUUGCGCUCUCAUCUGCCCCUCCCAGCACGGUUCUUCUUUUGCUCCAGCGUCAGCGCCGCAAGCAACACACCCAAGCCGGCUUCCAUUCCAGAAACCAUGGUUGAGAACUUGGACCAUGCUCAAAAGAUGGGAUACGGAAGAUCGAAGCUGGUCACAGAACACAUUACCCGUAAUGCUAUGCGUCAGACUGGGAUGCAGGCUCGGGUGCUCAGAAUCGGUCAAUUGGGUGGUGAUACUGUCAGCGCUCAAUGGAACGAGACAGAAGCCAUAGCCCUGAUGUUCCGCAGUGCUUUGACUACGGGCGCAUUGCCUGAGUUGAAUGAGCGGCCGAGCUGGUUUCCUGUUGAUCAGUGUGGUCUGGCGAUUUCAGACAUUGCCAUGGAUACUGGUUCUGCUUCUUCGGAUCCUAACCUGGUAUAUCAUAUGGUGAAUCCUCACGCCUUCAGCUGGAAAAACGACUUGCUUCCUGCUUUGAAGAAGGGAUCUGCACUCCCUGACUUCGAAGUCGUUUCCCCACAAGACUGGCUGCGAAGACUGGCGGGCAGUGAUCAGGACCCGAAGAAGAACCCCAGUAUUAAACUCAUUGAUUUCUGGGAGAAUAAAUACUCCAAGUCCAGUUUGCCAGCUGAAGAUUCGGCCUCUGGGGCACUCCCUGAGACAGGCCUGACUUUUGAAACUGGAGUCACCAUCAAAGACUGUCCCUCCUUGUCGAAUGUCAGGGAUCCAGUGAGUGAAGGUCUGAUACAGCGUUAUAUUGAGACUUGGAUGAAGCGAUGGAACAGAACAUAA